AUGAGCCAGGGGCCGAGUCUCGUCCUCCAGUGGCUGUCGAAGCUUCAGCUGGCCCAGUACGUCGAGUCAUUCCUCGACAACGGCUACGAUGAUCUGGAAGUCUGCAAACAGAUCGGGGAGCUGGAUCUGGAUGCGAUCGGAGUCCAGGUUCAGUAUCACCGGCACCGGCUGCUCACAGCCGUGCAGGCGCUAAAAGAGGAAGACGGGAAGAAAAAACCUGGUUAUUAUUUCACCUUGGAGCCCCCGGGUGCUCCUGGCUGUUGCCCAGACAGAGGGGAACACUUUGGGUCACUCCACCAGACCUCCUGUCCUGGGAACCAUAACUUGAGGUUCUCGGACUGUAACGACUUUGUGCCUUAUCCCAAACUGAAGCUCAAAGUUCUGAUCAGAGACAAACUGGCAAAAGAUGGGAUCAACCUGGGACGAGCACCGUACACCUACAAGGAUGGCUCUGUGGGGAACCUUGAUGAACUGGCUCAGGAGUACUCUCAGUAUUACGGCACCUCCCUCAGCGACGUGUGCGAAAGGAUGGAGGAGCUACGCAAACGCAAAAUAGUCCAAGACAAAGAGAUGGGAAAGGUUGACUCAGCCGCCACAUCGCUGUGUCUCCGCUCGCAGCUCCAGGAGUCUCUUGGACUCAGCAGUGCCACAUCUACUCCAGAGCCAGAGAGAAGGCUUCCCAUGCACAAAUCCAGCUCAGACGAUGGAUCAGGAGGUAAAUGGGAUGGAAAGAGAAAAAGCAAGUCUUUCUGGCAAAGUUUCUGUAAGUCUCAGAAAGGAGUGAUGCGUCAAACUUCCAAAGGUGACGAUGUCGGCUUUGUGGCCAGUGAAAUCACCAUGGGUGAUGAAGAGCGUAUUCAGCUGAUGAUGAUGGUGAAGGAGAACAUGAUCUCUAUAGAAGAAGCCCUUGCACGACUGAAGGAGUUUGAGAUCCACAACAGGCAAAGUGUCCGAUCGGAUCUCACAGAGUCCCCGGAUCCUUACGGUUCCUGCUCACACGAGCCGUUCGGCUGCAGCCCCGGCGACCCGUCCGACAACGAGGAGGAAUCCGUGACGUUUAAAAGACUUCACAAACUCGUCAGCUCCACCCGCAAAGCUAAAAGAAAGCUGAUCAGGAUGGAUGAAGCUAAGAGGCCGGAAGUGGAAGAGAACCUGAGGGACGCCAGCAGGUCCCCGGGUUCAGGCGGACAGAGGAACCCUUUGGUCGACUCUUCAGCCUCGUCUCCUCAGAAACCGCUCGUCCCUGACAGGGACUCGGACAGCCUCGCCUCCUCCCCGUCAUCCAGCAGCGUGGACACCUGCAGCAGCCAAACCCAGAGCUUCGGCAAGUCCAGCAGGAGACCCGUUAACCAAGAGGCUGUUGUAGCUGGGGAGGUGAGGGCGGCAGGCGGGGGCUCUUUUUCUGAAAUGGAUCGCACCGAGGAGGAACCCAAACUUGUGCGCUCACAAACUGACGAAGCGCUCCGGCACCGAGUGCUGGGCUCACUUAGUCUCCACGGGAGAGCUUGCAGCUUUGGAGGAUUUGACCUCACCAGCCGCUCAGUAUCUUCUGACAAAGAUAACACGACUAAAGAUGGAGAGAGUGGUGUGACAGACGAGGUUAAGUCUCCACCAACAUCACGGAUUUCUUUGGGCAAAAAGGUCAAGUCUGUGAGGGAAACGAUGAGGAAACACAUUUCCAAGAGAUAUCACUCUUCUCUCUCUGAGCAGUUGAGUCCAGACCGAUGUUGCAGCUGCCCCCACUCACCUCAGACGGACUCCGACUCUUUGGAGAAGCCCAAGCUGAAGCCAGGAGGGUCUGUGGAAAGCCUGAAGAGUUCUCUCAGCGGUCAGAGUUCCAUGAGUGGUCAGACCGUCGGCACCACCGACUCCUCCAACAGCAACAGAGAGAGCGUGAAGUCCGAGGAUGGAGAGGAAGAUGAGGUGCCUUACCGUGGGCCGUUCUGUGGACGUGCUCUGGUUCACACCGACUUCACUCCAAGUCCGUACGACACGGACUCCCUCAAGCUGAAGAGCGGAGAUGUCAUCGAUAUCAUCAGUAAGCCCCCGAUGGGGACGUGGAUGGGCAUGCUCAACGGUAAAGUCGGCACCUUCAAGUUCAUCUACGUGGACGUGUUGAACGAAGAAGCGAAGCCGAAAAAGACCCGAAGGAGGAGAAAGGCCCGGCAACCCAAACCCACAUCUGUGGAGGAACUACUUGAUCGCAUCAAUCUCAAAGAGCACCUGCCCACCUUCCUGUUCAACGGCUACGAGGACCUGGACACCUUCAAGCUGCUGGAGGAGGAGGACCUGGACGAGCUGAACAUCAUGGACUGUCAGCACAGAGCGGUGCUGCUCACCGCCGUGGAGCUGCUGCAGGAGUGUGACGGAAGCAGCGACCCCGAGCGAGGCGGCCCGGCUGGAGGCUCUCAGGAGAAGCUCCUGCUGGACAGGCGGGGGGUCCUGGGCGAUUCCCCGCGGGACUCGGGAUGCUACGAGAGCAGCGAGAACCUGGAGAGCGGAAGGGACAAAAAGGCAGCUGAACCCAUGAGCAGGUCUUCUGGGUUUGAGUCCAGCCACGUCCCGUCCCCACAGUUCCCCGUCCUCCCCCUGCUCCUCGCCUCCUCCUCCCCUCAGAACAAUUCCAAACACCUGCCCUGCAGCCUCCCAUCACUCACACACACAAAAAACUGCUUUAGCUCGGCAGAAGCUCGAGCUGCAGGUGGAGGCGCUGCUCGGAGUCUCAGCUGCGUGGACCUGAGGAGGCCAGGCCCGAGGCUGCUGCAGCGGCACUGCUUCUCCCUGACGAUGCUGCAGGGAGAGCAGGUCACAAGCCUGAAGCUGACCUCCACAACAACUGACGAGGACAUCCACAAAAAGCCUGCAGUGAUGUCUCCACCCGCCCAGACACCAGCGGUGCUGCCCAGAGUCGAGUGUGGAGCUUCAGCCACGGAUGGAGGUGAAGAUAGAUCCUCCGAUCGAGCAGAAGGAUUGCAGAACUUCAAGAUAGAGCCUGCAGCUGAAAGUUUGAGUCGGUGUGCACCAAACUCCCCCGUCCAGACACGAACCCCCUGCAGGAACACUGGCCCCCUCCCUGCAGGAGACAACAGGAGUCCUUCACUUUCAGCCGCUUCAGAAGCUCAUCGGCUGAAAAAGAAACGAAACACGAAGGCCUCCGCAGAUUCACCGCAGCUCGUGUCUGACGAGGGAAAAAUGGCUCCAGCUGCAAAACGUUGA